AUGCAUGUAGCAACUUACCGCGUGGUUUUUAUUAUAGCGAGUAUAUAUACCAGCACGGUUUUCUGUCUAAGUCGUAGAAAAAAUGAGCUCAAAUCAGGAAGAGUACACUGUUAUAGAAUACAGCUUUUCGUUUACAUAAAGCGCGCACAUACAUUUACGACAAUGUCACAAGCCUCUUCGCUCAACUCGUCCCACCAUGAAGAUGUGGAGUCGGGCUUGGUGAAGGCCUAUGUGCCAGCAGAUAAUGAGGAUGCUAUGAGUGAGCUGUCUCAACAGCAAUCGAAUGUUUCCAGGACUCAAAGUCUUCGGGUAAUUCGUACAGAAACGGCCAGAUCUCUUCGUGAGAUGGGUAUAUCGCAAACAUUCGCGACAGUUGAUCCGAACAGACCGGCCGCACUAGAGAACCCGAUAUUCCCGGAAGAAUAUACGCUAGAGACACCUACCGGACUAGUGCCUGUUUCUACCCUGAACGACAUUGGAAGAACCUCUGAAGCGGUGUCGAGGCAGAGGACGAGGGCUCUCAGCCACGGAUCUGCAGACAAUAGAGAGUCUGAUACAACGUCUGAUUCGUUAGAAAAAAAAACUUCAGGAGAUGGUGGAGAAGGAUUUUUGCCAAAGGAACAAGAGCUUGAUCCAGAGAUCGAACUUGUGACGUUUUUGAUCAAUGAUCCAGCAAAUCCACACAAUUGGCCCAGUGGAAAAAGAUGGCUGUACACCAUUGUCCUGAGUUGCCUGGUUGUGGCAGUGGCAUUUGGCUCCAGUUGCGUGACUGGUGCCUUGGGUCUGAUGAACGAUAAAUAUAAUGUUUCCACAGAAGUGUCCAUUUUAUCGUGUUCGUUGAUGGUGCUCGGAUUCGCCGUGGGACCGCUGCUGUGGUCGCCUUUAUCUGAGCAGAUUGGAAGACAGCCGGUUUAUUUCAUCUCGCUGGGUCUCUACACCAUAUUCAACAUACCAUGUGCAUUGGCCAAGAAUAUCGGAACAGUUUUGGUCUGCAGGUUUCUUUGUGGAGUAUUCGCUUCAUCCGGUCUCGCCUUGGUGGGUGGUUCCAUUGCCGACAUGUUCCCCACCGAAACCAGAGGAAAGGCCAUUGCUUAUUUUGCAGCAGCUCCAUACGGAGGGCCCGUGGUGGGUCCACUUGUUUGUGGAUUUAUAAAUGUCCAGACCGGUCGUUUGGAUGUGAUUUUCUGGGUCAACUUUGCCUUUGCAGGGCUGAUGUGGAUUCUGGCUAGUCUUGUGCCGGAAACUUAUGCACCGGUCAUUUUGAAGAGGAGAGCCAGAAAGCUUAGAAAGGAAACUGGAAAUCCCAAAAUUAUGACUGAACAGGAAGCCACUGGUCUUUCGUUCAAAGAGUUGGUGCAGACCUGUUUGGUCAGACCACUCAUGUUUGUGGUGCAGGAACCAGUGUUGGACCUCACAUGUUUCUACGUGUGUCUUAUCUACUCGCUUCUGUAUGCCUUCUUCUUCGCUUAUCCUGUGGUCUUCAGCGAGCUCUACGGCUUUAACGACGCCAAAGUGGGACUCAUGUUGAUUCCCAUUUUGAUUGGAACCGGAUUCGCCCUGCUCACAACACCUGUUUUGGAGAAAUACUACGUCAAGAUGUGCCACCACAGACAGCCUACCCCGGAAGAUCGUUUGGUGGGUGCCAUGAUCGGUUCUCCUUUCCCAGCCAUCGCCCUAUGGAUUUUGGGUGCCACCUCCCACCACGGUAUCAUCUGGGUGGGACCAGCCAGUAGUGGUCUUGCUUUUGGCUACGGAAUGGUGCUGAUAUACUACUCAUUGAACAACUAUAUCAUCGAUACCUAUGCCAAAUAUGCCGCUAGUGCACUUGCCACAAAGGUAUUCCUGCGGUCUGCAGGAGGUGCGGCGUUCCCGCUCUUCACCAUGCAGAUGUACCGGAAACUGGGGCUUGACUGGGCCUCCUGGCUGUUGGCGUUCAUUUCCACUGCCAUGAUCUUGCUUCCUUUCGUGUUCUACAAGUUUGGUGGAACUCUGAGAGCGAAGCUGUGCAAACAGAACUACGCCAUAUAA